AUGAAGUACAUAGUAGCUCUGUUGUUUAUCUACUCGGUGAGCCUCAUCAAAUCAGAAGAUGAAGGGGGAAUUAUUGGACAUUUACUUGUCGAUAAUGUGGAUUAUGCUUCAACAAGUGAAGGGAGGACAACUGAAGUGAUAGCCAAUAACGACAGAGGAUUAGGAAGAAACAAAAAUGCAGAGGCCAUUACAACAGAAGACACGGCUGCUGUCACAACACACUCAGAUAUUUCUGAGCACCGCAGUGAUGAAACACAAUCUCCAGUUCUUCCUGAGAGGAGCAAUAUCUCUUCUGUAACUACUGAGCAGAUGACUGAAGAUACAAGAAGUGAUUCAAAUGGUCACUACAGUUCAGAAGACAAUGAUGAUGUGUGGAGAACUUCGGAGAUGCCUGUUCGCCAUACACAGACAGAGAGGGAAACAGAGUCAAAGAGAAAGACGGAGGCGCAGACGGAGACGGAGACUGAGACAGAGAAAACACAAUCAUCAGCCUUCCCCAGUACGCAUAGCAUGUCUUCUGUGACUGGUGAGGUAACAACGCGUCGACCGACUGGUCACUACAGUUCAGAAGACAAUGAUGAUGUGUGGAGAACUUCGGAGAUGCCUGUUCGCCAUACACAGACAGAGAGGGAAACAGAGUCAAAGAGAAAGACGGAGGCGCAGACGGAGACGGAGACUGAGACAGAGAAAACACAAUCAUCAGCCUUCCCCAGUACGCAUAGCAUGUCUUCUGUGACUGGUGAGGUAACAACGCGUCGACCGACUGGUCACUACAGUUCAGAAGACAAUGAUGAUGUGUGGAGAACUUCGGAGAUGCCUGUUCGCCAUACACAGACAGAGAGGGAAACAGAGUCAAAGAGAAAGACGGAGGCGCAGACGGAGACGGAGACUGAGACAGAGAAAACACAAUCAUCAGCCUUCCCCAGUACGCAUAGCAUGUCUUCUGUGACUGGUGAGGUAACAACGCGUCGACCGACUGGUCACUACAGUUCAGAAGACAAUGAUGAUGUGUGGAGAACUUCGGAGAUGCCUGUUCGCCAUACACAGACAGAGAGGGAAACAGAGUCAAAGAGAAAGACGGAGGCGCAGACGGAGACGGAGACUGAGACAGAGAAAACACAAUCAUCAGCCUUCCCCAGUACGCAUAGCAUGUCUUCUGUGACUGGUGAGGUAACAACGCGUCGACCGACUGUUGUGCGAUUUAAGAUACCAAUAGGAAAGACGGAUGAAGGAAUUAUUAUAUACAGGGACUACUAUCCUGAAAUGCCUAUUCCUUGGAUGAUGUCUCUUUGUCAUACACGGAGUCAGACUGAGACGUUGACGGAGACGGUGACAGAGACAAAGACAAAGACCACACAAUCAUCAGCCUUCCCCAGUACGCAUAGCAUGUCUACUGUGACUGGCGGAAAAGCAACGAGUCAACCGACUGUUAUCCGACGGAAGCGACCACUGUCAAUCACGCAUGAUGGAUAUAUCUCAUACUAUCACAACUAUGCUGAUGAGUCGAAUUCCACGGAGAUGCCUGUUCGCCAUACACAGAAACAGACAGAGACAGAGACAGAGACAGAGACGACGACCGAGUCCGAGACCGAGACAGAGACGAAGACCACACAAUCAUCAGCCUUCCCCAGUACGCAUAGCAUGUCUACUGUGACUGAUGAAGAAACAACGCGUCGACCGACUGUUAUCCGACGGAAGCGACCACUGUCAAUCACGCAUGAUGGAUAUAUCUCAUACUAUCACAACUAUGCUGAUGAGUCGAAUUCCACGGAGAUGCCUGUUCGCCAUACACAGAAACAGACAGAGACAGAGACAGAGACAGAGACGACGACCGAGUCCGAGACCGAGACAGAGACGAAGACCACACAAUCAUCAGCCUUCCCCAGUACGCAUAGCAUGUCUACUGUGACUGAUGAAGAAACAACGCGUCGACCGACUGUUAUCCGACGGAAGCGACCACUGUCAAUCACGCAUGAUGGAUAUAUCUCAUACUAUCACAACUAUGCUGAUGAGUCGAAUUCCACGGAGAUGCCUGUUCGCCAUACACAGAAACAGACAGAGACAGAGACAGAGACAGAGACGACGACCGAGUCCGAGACCGAGACAGAGACGAAGACCACACAAUCAUCAGCCUUCCCCAGUACGCAUAGCAUGUCUACUGUGACUGAUGAAGAAACAACGCGUCGACCGACUGUUAUCCGACGGAAGCGACCACUGUCAAUCACGCAUGAUGGAUAUAUCUCAUACUAUCACAACUAUGCUGAUGAGUCGAAUUCCACGGAGAUGCCUGUUCGCCAUACACAGAAACAGACAGAGACAGAGACAGAGACGACGACCGAGUCCGAGACCGAGACAGAGACGAAGACCACACAAUCAUCAGCCUUCCCCAGUACGCAUAGCAUGUCUACUGUGACUGAUGAAGAAACAACGCGUCGACCGACUGUUAUCCGACGGAAGCGACCACUGUCAAUCACGCAUGAUGGAUAUAUCUCAUACUAUCACAACUAUGCUGAUGAGUCGAAUUCCACGGAGAUGCCUGUUCGCCAUACACAGAAACAGACAGAGACAGAGACAGAGACAGAGACGACGACCGAGUCCGAGACCGAGACAGAGACGAAGACCACACAAUCAUCAGCCUUCCCCAGUACGCAUAGCAUGUCUACUGUGACUGAUGAAGAAACAACGCGUCGACCGACUGUUAUCCGACGGAAGCGACCACUGUCAAUCACGCAUGAUGGAUAUAUCUCAUACUAUCACAACUAUGCUGAUGAGUCGAAUUCCACGGAGAUGCCUGUUCGCCAUACACAGAAACAGACAGAGACAGAGACAGAGACAGAGACGACGACCGAGUCCGAGACCGAGACAGAGACGAAGACCACACAAUCAUCAGCCUUCCCCAGUACGCAUAGCAUGUCUACUGUGACUGAUGAAGAAACAACGCGUCGACCGACUGUUAUCCGACGGAAGCGACCACUGUCAAUCACGCAUGAUGGAUAUAUCUCAUACUAUCACAACUAUGCUGAUGAGUCGAAUUCCACGGAGAUGCCUGUUCGCCAUACACAGAAACAGACAGAGACAGAGACAGAGACAGAGACGACGACCGAGUCCGAGACCGAGACAGAGACGAAGACCACACAAUCAUCAGCCUUCCCCAGUACGCAUAGCAUGUCUACUGUGACUGAUGAAGAAACAACGCGUCGACCGACUGUUAUCCGACGGAAGCGACCACUGUCAAUCACGCAUGAUGGAUAUAUCUCAUACUAUCACAACUAUGCUGAUGAGUCGAAUUCCACGGAGAUGCCUGUUCGCCAUACACAGAAACAGACAGAGACAGAGACAGAGACAGAGACGACGACCGAGUCCGAGACCGAGACAGAGACGAAGACCACACAAUCAUCAGCCUUCCCCAGUACGCAUAGCAUGUCUACUGUGACUGAUGAAGAAACAACGCGUCGACCGACUGUUAUCCGACGGAAGCGACCACUGUCAAUCACGCAUGAUGGAUAUAUCUCAUACUAUCACAACUAUGCUGAUGAGUCGAAUUCCACGGAGAUGCCUGUUCGCCAUACACAGAAACAGACAGAGACAGAGACAGAGACAGAGACGACGACCGAGUCCGAGACCGAGACAGAGACGAAGACCACACAAUCAUCAGCCUUCCCCAGUACGCAUAGCAUGUCUACUGUGACUGAUGAAGAAACAACGCGUCGACCGACUGUUAUCCGACGGAAGCGACCACUGUCAAUCACGCAUGAUGGAUAUAUCUCAUACUAUCACAACUAUGCUGAUGAGUCGAAUUCCACGGAGAUGCCUGUUCGCCAUACACAGAAACAGACAGAGACAGAGACAGAGACAGAGACGACGACCGAGUCCGAGACCGAGACAGAGACGAAGACCACACAAUCAUCAGCCUUCCCCAGUACGCAUAGCAUGUCUACUGUGACUGAUGAAGAAACAACGCGUCGACCGACUGUUAUCCGACGGAAGCGACCACUGUCAAUCACGCAUGAUGGAUAUAUCUCAUACUAUCACAACUAUGCUGAUGAGUCGAAUUCCACGGAGAUGCCUGUUCGCCAUACACAGAAACAGACAGAGACAGAGACAGAGACAGAGACGACGACCGAGUCCGAGACCGAGACAGAGACGAAGACCACACAAUCAUCAGCCUUCCCCAGUACGCAUAGCAUGUCUACUGUGACUGAUGAAGAAACAACGCGUCGACCGACUGUUAUCCGACGGAAGCGACCACUGUCAAUCACGCAUGAUGGAUAUAUCUCAUACUAUCACAACUAUGCUGAUGAGUCGAAUUCCACGGAGAUGCCUGUUCGCCAUACACAGAAACAGACAGAGACAGAGACAGAGACGACGACCGAGUCCGAGACCGAGACAGAGACGAAGACCACACAAUCAUCAGCCUUCCCCAGUACGCAUAGCAUGUCUACUGUGACUGAUGAAGAAACAACGCGUCGACCGACUGUUAUCCGACGGAAGCGACCACUGUCAAUCACGCAUGAUGGAUAUAUCUCAUACUAUCACAACUAUGCUGAUGAGUCGAAUUCCACGGAGAUGCCUGUUCGCCAUACACAGAAACAGACAGAGACAGAGACAGAGACAGAGACGACGACCGAGUCCGAGACCGAGACAGAGACGAAGACCACACAAUCAUCAGCCUUCCCCAGUACGCAUAGCAUGUCUACUGUGACUGAUGAAGAAACAACGCGUCGACCGACUGUUAUCCGACGGAAGCGACCACUGUCAAUCACGCAUGAUGGAUAUAUCUCAUACUAUCACAACUAUGCUGAUGAGUCGAAUUCCACGGAGAUGCCUGUUCGCCAUACACAGAAACAGACAGAGACAGAGACAGAGACAGAGACGACGACCGAGUCCGAGACCGAGACAGAGACGAAGACCACACAAUCAUCAGCCUUCCCCAGUACGCAUAGCAUGUCUACUGUGACUGAUGAAGAAACAACGCGUCGACCGACUGUUAUCCGACGGAAGCGACCACUGUCAAUCACGCAUGAUGGAUAUAUCUCAUACUAUCACAACUAUGCUGAUGAGUCGAAUUCCACGGAGAUGCCUGUUCGCCAUACACAGAAACAGACAGAGACAGAGACAGAGACAGAGACGACGACCGAGUCCGAGACCGAGACAGAGACGAAGACCACACAAUCAUCAGCCUUCCCCAGUACGCAUAGCAUGUCUACUGUGACUGAUGAAGAAACAACGCGUCGACCGACUGUUAUCCGACGGAAGCGACCACUGUCAAUCACGCAUGAUGGAUAUAUCUCAUACUAUCACAACUAUGCUGAUGAGUCGAAUUCCACGGAGAUGCCUGUUCGCCAUACACAGAAACAGACAGAGACAGAGACAGAGACAGAGACGACGACCGAGUCCGAGACCGAGACAGAGACGAAGACCACACAAUCAUCAGCCUUCCCCAGUACGCAUAGCAUGUCUACUGUGACUGAUGAAGAAACAACGCGUCGACCGACUGUUAUCCGACGGAAGCGACCACUGUCAAUCACGCAUGAUGGAUAUAUCUCAUACUAUCACAACUAUGCUGAUGAGUCGAAUUCCACGGAGAUGCCUGUUCGCCAUACACAGAAACAGACAGAGACAGAGACAGAGACAGAGACGACGACCGAGUCCGAGACCGAGACAGAGACGAAGACCACACAAUCAUCAGCCUUCCCCAGUACGCAUAGCAUGUCUACUGUGACUGAUGAAGAAACAACGCGUCGACCGACUGUUGUGCGAUUUAAGAUACCAAUAGGAAAGACGGAUGAUGGAAUUAUCAUAUACAAGGACUACUAUCCUGAAAUGCCUAUUCCUUGGAUGAUGUCUCUUUGUCAUACACGGAGUCAGACUGAGACGUUGACGGAGACGGUGACAGAGACAGAGAACAAACAAUCUUCAGCCUUCCCCAGUACGCAUAGCAUGUCUACUGUGACUAGCGGAAAAACAACGAGUCGACCGACUGAUAAUUCUACAAGUGAUUAACUCGUCGUCGAUGCAGAAGAUGAAAUCCCCAAGACAAUAUGAUUGAUGUUUUACACGCUGAAAACAAUAUCGUCUUCCCCUUUCAUCACGAAUGAUAAUCGUACAUCUCAUAAACUAAUGAAAACACUUUUCUCCUAAUAUCUAACACUUUUACUCAUGAAUUUUAUUUUGCUCUUUGUUUUAUUAAGCUAAUAAUAAAUCUAUAGUCUGCAUA